AUGUAUUCUAUCGGGAGGAGAUUAUUCUCUUACUUCGCAAGAGACAAAGUUUCAAAGUUUACUCCAGAAAAGAUCCGUAAUUUUUCAAUAAUUGCCCAUAUUGAUCAUGGCAAAAGCACUCUUGCCGAUCGGAUUCUAGAGAUGACUGGAAAUAUUUAAGAAAUUAGAGAAAAAUGAUCAACAUCAGGUGCUUGACACAUUAGCAGUUGAAAGAGAAAGAGGAAUCACGGUACUUGCCCAGACGGCUUCAAUAAUAACGAAAUAUCAAAAUGAUGAUUAUUUAUUAAACCUAAUUGACACACCUGGCCAUGUAGAUUUUUCAUAUCAAGUCAACAGAAGCUUAAGAGCUUGACAGGGAGCAGUACUCCUUGUAGAUGCUACUUCAAGUAUUCAGGCACAAACCUUAUCAAAUUUGCAGAAAGCUAGAGAUGCUAAUUUAAAAAUUAUUCCUGUUAUCAAUAAAGUAGACCUUGACUCAGCAAAUAUUGAGAAGACCUAUGAAGAUCUUGUGUUACAACUAGACUUUGAUGAAGAUGAAAUCUUAAAAAUUUCAGCUAAGACAGGUCUAAACUGUGAUAAACUUAUUGAGAGAAUCAUUACAGAUAUUGAAUAUCCUAAAGGAGAUCCAGAAGCUGCAGCCAGAGCUUUCCUCUUCAACGCUGAUUAUAUUGGAGAUAGAGGUGUAAAAUGAAUGAUUCAGAUGAUAGAUGGCGAGAUUGAUCUCGCAAGAGACCGUAGUAUCCAUUCCUUCCAUAAAUCUAAAUAAGUAUGAUAUGUUUGAGGUUGGGGUAGUCACUCCUGAAUUAGCUCCGACUGGAAUUUUAAAGACAGGACAAGUUGGAUACUUUUUAUCAAAUAUGAAAUCAAUCAAGGAUGCUCAUAUUGGAGAUACUUUCUAUCUCACAGGAUCGAGGGACAGUAUAAACCCUUUCCCAGGAUAUGAACCUCCUCAAUGAAUGGUUUACUCUGGAAUUUAUCCAGAAUCUGCAGAGGAAUACGAAGCAUGUGAAAAAGCAAUUCAAUCAUUGUUAUUGACAGAUGGAAGUAUCUCUUUUCAAUAUGAGAAUAGUGCAGCUCUGGGAGGCGGCUUCAGAUUAGGUUUUCUGGGAAUGCUUCAUCUUGACAUUUUCCGACAAAGGAUCAAAGAUGAGCAUGGUAUCGAAGUGAUCAUCACUCAUCCUAGUGUAAACUAUAAAUGCCAUUUAAGAAAUGGAGAAAUGAUAGAAGUUGACAAUCCAAACGAAUCUCCUGAUGCAGCAAUGAUCGAUUAUUGGGAAGAAGCUAUAUGAGAUACGACUAUUAUGGUCCCAAGAGAAUAUUUAGAAGCUAUAGGAUAUUUAGGGCUCCCUUAUUAUCAGGAGUUCCUUGAAGAGCAAAUUAUAUGAAAGUACAAGAUCCCUCUAGCUGAAAUGAUAGGAACUUUCUUUGAUCAACUGAAAUCAUCAACUUCCGGUUAUGCAUCAGUAGAAUACAAAGUAAUUGGAUAUGAACCAUGAGAACUUUCAAAAGUAGUAUUCCAUCUUAAUGGUGAGCCAGUAGAUGCUCUAUCAUUCCUAGUGUAUACCAACAAAGCAAGAGAAUUCUCUCUAUAUUAUGCCAGGAAGUUGAAAGAUAUUCUACCUCCUCAGCAAUUUGCUGUUGCAAUCCAGGCAAAGAUUGGAGGGAAAGUAAUUUGUAGAGAAACAAUCAGAGCUCUGAGAAAAGACGUAACUGCUAAACUUUAUGGAGGAGAUAACACAAGAAGGACAAAAUUACUCGAUAAACAAAAGAAAGGAAAGAAGUUAAUGAGACAACUUGGAAAAAUUAACGUUAACUCAGAUGUAUUUUUCAAAUUACUCAAAAGAUAAUUAAUUUAUCCUCAUAUUCAAC